UCUUCGCCAUCCUCAAGACUUGGUUGGUUGGAUUCCUGUGGUGCUAAUUCUUCUUAUUCUGCAGAAACAUGAAACAGCUGAUCGGCCGGCUAUCCCGAGUCUCCGACUCUCCCCAGUACAGCCUGCUCCGGUGCGAUUCGCAUCAUGCCCACAAAGGGGCCAGACAGCCGCGCCGGGGGGAGACUUUCCGAGCAAAGCUGUGCCAGUCCUCUUCAAAAUCCCAGAUGGUCCCCCAGGGGCAUGUGCCGGUCUACGUGGGCGAUGAGCUAGAACGGUUCGUGGUGUCUGCGCAGCUGCUCAACCACCCGAUCUUCGUCAAGCUGCUUAACAAGUCGGCUCAGGAGUACGGCUACGAGCAGAAGGGCGUCCUCCGCAUCCCCUGUUAUGUCGAUGUCUUUGAACGCGUCCUCGAGGCCCUCCGCCUCGCCCAAGACAGCUCAUGUGACCUCCUCAAUUCCAUCAUGUCCUCCGACGACUUCUUCUAAAUAUUUCGUGUUAUUCUUUCUGGUCAUUUUUAACAUUUCAUUGACUCUCAGUGAGCUUAGGAGCUAGAGAAAAGAGUCUCUUUAAGAAACAGACCUAAUAUGUCGAUUAAGGGAGAUAGAUCGUUUCUUUUGUUCAUUGUUUUU